AUGGUUUUGCAAUCAACAACUUUUGUAGAUGUCUCUCCUGAAGAAACUUUUCAGAAGAGCCACUUUGAAAGUUUUAAAGAAUCGACUGCGACAGCUAUGACGAAGGAUUCUCAGUUUGCUGAUCAGGUUUCACAAAAUGGAGCUGCUUCCACGCCGGGUAUAGGUACUUCUGAAGGUUCCUCAUCUAAUAGUGCAAUCAGAGUGGAUUGUGGUUCUAUUAAUGGUGGUUUUGAGCACACCAUGUUCAUUGGUGUUACAUUUGGGACCUAG